UACUUCUGUCUUAGGUUCCUCACAGGAGUUAGGGUUAGUCACACUAACUACUGUGCUGGCACUGAGAUACAUUUUUUCAAUGUUUUUCUUCUUUAUAGGUUGGCAAAGGUUUGAGAUAUAUACCCCAUGUGAAGUCAUGUGUGAAGAAAUAUUCCAAGAGACUGAAAGUGAGCAGCAUCAUACUAUUGACUAUGAUUCCUUGGCUGAAGGUCAGCCAAGCAAGUGCACAAGAAGCCUUCACUGGGAUCUCUGUUACAAGUUAUUUUGCUGUUAUUGGAUGGGGCCAAGCAAUGCACCUUCUUUUUAUCAUCAUUGUCAUUUUUCCAUGUUUUCUAUUGAAACUGGAAAAACCUGCUCUCAAGUCAGUUGUGAUAAUGGCCAGUCAAAAAUCCCUGGCAGUUGCAGUAUCAAUAACCGGUUACCUUCCAUUUACGCAAGCUGAACAAGGCUUGCUAAGCUUACCAAUGAUUUUAAUGCACCUUGGAAUUCUUCUGUCUGAUUCAGUGUGGGCAUCUUGGUGGUUUGCAUGGGAUACCAAGAAAGAAAAAGAGAAAGCUGGCCCUGGCAACAUGGCAUUUAAUGGAGAUGAGACUACUAAUCAAACAACUAAUGAUGAGCUGGAUCAUUUAUCCUGUGAUGCAAAUCAACAGUUUUAUGUUUCAUCUGUUUAA